AUGUGUGGAGGAGGCAGCGCCGUCUUGCUCGGCGAUUGCUAUGUAACAUGUGGCGUGCUCGGGGAGGGCGGCUUCGGGAGGGUGCUCAUAGUCAAGCAGAGGGCAACGGGGCGGGUGCUGGCCCUCAAGAUCAUGCGCAAGCGGGCGCUGGCGUCAGGCGGACCGCUCGCGGUUGAGCAGGCACUUCGGGAGCGGGAGGUCCUCAUCAAGCUGGCGAGGCAGCCGCACCCGUUCAUCGUGCGCCUCCACCACGCCUUCCAGGAUGUGGCAAACCUCUACCUCGCGAUGGACUACAUCGGAGGGGGCGACAUCUUCGACCUGCUGCAGCGCUACGGUCGGGUGCCGCUCUCGUAUGCCGUCUUUGCGGGUGCGAGCUUAUGUCUCGCGCUGGAGCACGUGCACAGCAUGGGGGUUUUAUACAGAGAUCUCAAGCCCGAGAACGUCCUUGUCGCUAUGAGCGGCCACCUCGUUCUCGCUGACUUUGGGCUGGCGAAGUGCCUUGUGUCACAUGGCGAUCGCACUACAACGCUGUGCGGCACCCCAGCCUACAUGGCGCCAGAGAUGCUGCGCGGCGAGGCAUAUGGCUGCGAGGUCGACUGGUGGGCCUUUGGCUGCGUGAUGUACAACCUGAUCGCCGGCCGCGACGCCUUUAGAGAGGACGCCAUGGACAAGCUCAUCUCGCGCGUCCGGCGCGGAGACUACGAGGGACACCGCCUCGACGGCGUCGAACACGCCGGCGAGCUCAUUGGCGCUCUGCUGCAGACAAACAUGGAGCAACGCAUUGGCGCGAAAGGCCUGCGCGACCAUCCGUUCUUUGCGCGCAUCGACUUUGAUCGCCUCGUCAGCAGGUCCCUGCGACCUCCGUGCAUCCCA